AUGGGGCAAUUUCGUAUACGAGUGCAUCUGCGUUUGAGACCGUCGGACAAACACUCUUCUCAUUUUCAUCUGGAGCAUAAGGCUAAUGGCUUGCCAUCAAUCGUCCGGGGAGCCACUCAAGAAGCCGUAUUUGAAAGAUGUGCAGCUCCAGCACUAACAGAUGUACUCAAUGGCUACAAUGGCAACAUUGUUGCUUAUGGACAAGUUGGAUCUGGAAAGACGUUCACAAUGGCUGGGGAAACAAAAGUUCGUUUUCUUAUUUCCAUCCCGCACAUAAAGGCUUACGAGGUUGUAUAUGAUCUUCUGAUGAAAAAUCAAGCUGCAAGCAACUUAGUACUGAUGGAAGGGAGAGGCAUAAUGGAAGUCAAAGGCCUUCGCAAGACUCUUUGCCGAACUGAAGCUGAUGCUAUGAAGCUUCUAUUUGAAGGAGGGCGGAGGAGGUCGGUCGCAAGCCAUCCACUCAGCCGGGCUGUUCUAGAGCUAAGAAGGGGGCAGAACCACAUUUCUUUCAGGCAAAGUCGGUUAACAGCCUUCCUUCGGGAUGCGAUUGUAGGAAACGGGAAAACAGUUUUAAUCGUCUGUGCAGUACCAGAGGAUGAUUACCUUGAUGAGACGAUGGAACUUCAAGCGUCAGUCAAGCAUUUCCUCGCUGAUGGUGGGACCAUCAAUGACAUUCCAGUGGACACACUAUCUCAAGUAACUAGGUCCUCAAUGAUUAUGUAUGUUUCUAAAGAAUAUUCUUGGGCAGGUAUAGAACAUCCAGAUGAUAUUCUUGCUGCUCAACCAUGUUCAACUGAGGGAGUGGGUGAGCUGGAUGGUCAGGCCUUUAUUCACUACAAAAAGAAUGUAGCUGAGGGUCAGCAAUUUGAGUCACUGAUAAAAGACAAAACUAUUGAACUAAGGUACCCGAAAUGUUGCUUAGUACGUGACAGCGAGUGUAGUGUCUGCUUGACGAACGCUCAAGCAGAGCAGUACUUUUUGAAGAGAAUCAAGUCCUUGUGGUAA